AUGGUCAACCCGCGGUUAGCCCCCGAUGCCUACACAGUGGGGUGGAUUUGCGCCUUGCCACUGGAGCUGGCGGCGGCGAAGUUGAUGAUAAAGGAGCCUCACAACCCUCUUGACUCUCAACCCGCAAGCGAUCAUAAUAUCUACACCCUUGGGAGAAUUGGUCGGCAUAGUGUUGUAUUUCUAUGUCUCCAAACCGGUGUGUAUGGGACGACGUCAGCCGCAACUGCCGUAGCACACAUGAACUCCACCUUUCGAAAUAUCAGGUUCGGCCUUAUGGUUGGCAUCGGAGGAGGGGUGCCGACAAUGGCUGACGUGCGUCUGGGAGAUGUCGUGGUGAGCAAGCCGACCGGCGCAUUCGGUGCUAUUGUUCAGUACGAUUCUGGCAAAUCGCUGCCCAACGGCGUGUUCAAACAGACAGGCUCGCUCGGUCAACCGCCUUCCCUGUUACUAAAGGCCAUGUCUGAGCUGGACAGCAAUCCGACGUCGACGGGGGGUCAGUCGCUCUUUCGACGACCACAGCACGACUGGCUAUUUGAAAUUGGUCAUGACCAUGAGUCAGACCAUGCUGAGUGGUCGGCUUGUGACCAGAGCAACCUUCUCAAGCGACCCGUGCGUCCUAGCGACGGCUUGAUGAUUCACUAUGGCCCUGUUGCGUCCGGAAACCAGGUCAUUAAGGACUUAAAUAUCCGUGAUAAGGUCGCGCGUGAUCUUGGAGCCAUAUGUUUCGAGAUGGAGGCUGCAGGAAUCAUGGAAGAACGCGCUUCACUUGUCAUCCGGGGCAUCUCGGACUAUUGCGACUCACAUAAGAAUAAACAGUGGCAGGGAUACGCUGCCCUUGUUGCUGCCGCCUAUGCUAAGCAGAUCCUGAGCAUUGUCCCCGUGGCUGAGCUCCGCGAACGUUAA